UUUUCACUCCACAAUGUAGGGUUCUUAUCUUUUAUUUGCAUUUGCGAUGCUUGCGCUCCUCUUCUUCUUCUCGAUCGCGUGGGCGCCAGCCGAAUCCAGGGGUGGAGCUGGAGCGGCUUGCACAGACUCCAGGUCCUCUUCGUUUCCCUUCUGUGAUGUAUCGCUUCCCGUGCCGGAUCGAGUGGCGGAUCUGGUCGGGCGCAUGAAUCUCUCCGAGAAGAUUGCGCAAAUUGUGAGCAAUGCGUCGGGGAUUCCUCGGCUGGGAAUUCCAGGCUACCAGUGGUGGGAAGAAGCUCUCCAUGGCGUUGCGGAGAGCCCAGGAGUCAAAUUCGCCGCCCCUGUUCCUUCGGCGACGAGCUUCCCUCAGGUUAUUCUCACUGUGGCCUCGUUUAAUUCCUCGUUAUGGAACAAAAUCGCCCAGGCUAUAUCGAUCGAGGCCAUCGCAAUGUACAAUGCCGGAAGGUCAGGUCUCACGUUUUGGAGUCCAAAUAUAAACAUCUUCCGGGAUCCAAGAUGGGGAAGAGGCCAGGAGACCCCUGGAGAAGAUCCGUUACUCUCGAGCAAGUACGCUGCUUACUUUGUGCGGGGCUUGCAAGAGGGUGACUACGAUGAAGGCACAGCGAUAAGUACCAUGCAAAGAAGGCCUACGAGGCUGAAGGUUUCAUCAUGCUGCAAGCAUUUCACGGCAUACGACAUGGAAAAAUCUGAAGGUACAGAUUGUUUUCACUUUAAUGCACAGGUAACUGUUCAGGAUUUGCAAGAUACGUUUGAUCCACCUUUCAGAAGCUGCAUCGUUGAUGGCCAAGCUAGCGGACUCAUGUGCUCUUACAACAGAGUGAACGGAGUUCCAAGCUGUGCGGACUAUACAUUUCUUACAGAAACAGUCAGGAAUUCCUGGGGAUUUGAAGGAUACAUUGUUUCAGACUGUGAUGCAGUUGCACUUCUUUAUGAAUAUAUAAACUACACAACCACAGCAGAAGAUGCUGUCGCCGAUGUGCUAUCAGCGGGAAUGGAUUUGAAUUGCGGAACGUUUCUUCUCAGACACACUGCUGCUGCCAUUGAACAAGGAAAGGUGACAGAAGCGGCAGUAGAUCGAGCUCUGUCGAAUGUUAUGACAGUGCGCAUGAGGCUUGGUCUCUUUGACGGAAAUAGUGGUGAAACGUAUAACUCGAUUGGACCUGACGCUGUUUGCACCCGAGAACAUCGGCAGUUAUCUCUCGAAGCUGCUGAGCAAGGAAUCGUGCUACUAAAAAAUUCAGGAAACGUGCUACCAUUUCCGAGAAAUGAUUUGAUGACUAUAGCCGUGAUAGGUCCAAGCGGAAACGCAACUGAGACGAUGCUGGGGAAUUAUGCUGGUGUUCCGUGUCAGUACAUCACACCUUUCCAAGGACUUCAGGAAUACACCAAGGGCGUCGUUUUUGAGCCUGGCUGUAAAGACAUUAUGUGCAACGACACUACGCUCUUCUUGGCCGCUGUGAGAGCCGCAGAAAACUCUGAUGCUGUCGUUAUCGUCGUUGGACUAGACAAGGACCAAGAAAGAGAAGGCCUUGAUAGAACGAGCUUGCUCCUCCCGGGAUAUCAACAGGAUUUGGUGCUAGAAGUUUCCAAGGUUGCAAAGGGACCUGUUAUUCUCGUGGUUAUGUCUGGCGGGCCUAUAGACGUAACCUUCGCAAAAGGGAAUUGCAAGAUAUCAAGCGUCUUAUGGGUGGGAUAUCCCGGUGAGGCGGGAGGCAAAGCGAUAGCACGAGUGAUAUUUGGAGAUCACAAUCCAGCUGGAAGGCUUCCUAUGACUUGGUAUCCUCAGGCUUUCGCAGAACAUGUUUCAAUACUCAACAUGCAUUUGCGUCCAAACACUUCAACAGGAUUUCCCGGCAGAACUUAUCGCUUCUACACCGGAGAAAACGUCUAUGAAUUUGGCCACGGCUUGAGCUACACCAACUUCACCUACACAAACUUUUCCGCGCCGAGUAACAUCACCGCUCGUAACACUGUGGCAAUUCGAACACCUCUUCGUGAAGACGGAGCCCGACACUUUCCUAUAGACUACACUGGGUGCGAGGCUCUGGCUUUUAAAGUGGUAGCCUACAUCAGCAACACAGGGACACGAGAUAGCGACCAUAUCUCGCUCCUGUACGCCAUCCCGCCAGCUGCGAGUAGCAGCCUAUCGCCUCCCAGGAAGCAGCUAAUUUCUUUCAAGAGGCAGCAUUUAAUAGCAGGACGGUGUGCGAAAGUGGAGUUUGAUGUCGAUACCUGCAAGGACCUCGGCCUGACGAACGAGGCGGGGACGAAAGUUCUUGUCCACGGUGAUUACAAGUUAAGCCUGGGAGAUAUUGAGCACGUAAUCAGCCUGACUCUCCUCAGCUAAGGUGGCAUUUAUGAUAAUGAUCCAGAGAGUGCUCUGUCACAGUUUCGGUGCCUUAAAUUUCUCAGGAACCCCGUGAGAUAAGGCUCUUUUUAUCACACUUCCAUAAACAUUCUUUCAGGUAGCGAA